GCUACACAGCAUUGGAGGCGAUCGGCGGCGGCGGCGGCGGCGGCGGCGGCGAAAAGGGAUAGACGAGUUUUGGCAACUGCUUUCAAGUUAAUAAGAUGUUUACUUCACUGGACUUUGGAAGGUUGAGGAAAGUGAAAAGUUUGGCUCUCAAAUCAGUAGUCACAGUUCUACGGUAUGCGCGAGAGAGUAAUGGGGAGGUCAUUGACCAUGGUGCUGGGUUUGUUCUUUAUGUUGACACUGAGGUCAAAAAGGUUGUUAUUAUUACAAGUGUUGCGGUUCUCGCUGAUAGAUCUUCAGAUGAAACAAUCGUUGUUCGUUUUGGAAAUGGUAAAGACAGCGAAGCUUCUGUUUUGGUCGAUGAGCCCAAUUCUAUACUUCUUGGGUUGCUUGUUAGUGAUGUCGAUGGGUACUGCGAGGCGGCUCAAAUUAACGAGGACCAGCCUAUUGAAAGGGGGCAGCUGGUAGCCACAUUUGCUACUGUCUGGACACGCUUUACUGAUAUUGGGAUGUACUCUGGAUCAAUCAUUCACCCAAGCUGUGUUUCUGUAAGACGAAGCAAAAUGAUCAUGGAACCUGUGGAUGACUUCAAAAAUUACUUGGCAUUUAGCUGUCCUGUUGCAGGCCCAUUAUAUUCUCUUAAGCAAGAUGCAAAUUUCCGAAGGCUUAUUGGAGCUCCAGUAUUUAAUUUGGAUGGAUAUGUAGUGGGUGUCACAGAGAGAUGUAGCAAACGUAGCUACGAUUUGAAAUAUGCGAGGAUUUCUUCUGCUAUUCUUGAAGAGCUGAUUAUAUUAUUUGGAACUGAUACAUGGCAGGAAAAAUUACAAGAACUUGUAAGGAAAAAAGCAGAAGACUCUUUACAGGCUGCAAAUCUCUGAUGAUGGGUCUUGGUAAUGCAAAAGGUGCUGUGGCAGUUUUCGUCUCAGUUCUCAUAUUCAAGAAUCCUGUGUCUGUAACCAGAAUGCUUGGUUGCACUCUUGCAGUCAUACCAGUCAUUUUUACAGGGAAUCCAGUCUGUGCAUAAAACCUAACAUAUGACCGUCCUUUCUCAGUCCAGUCUGUGCAUUGAAAGAGAUCCUGCUUUUUUGGAGCCAUAUUGAACAUAUAGUGUAAUAGUACCUCUAGUUUUCUCUUGGAUCUGAGUGGUUCUUUGCUUCGCUAAUGGAGACUUCCGUCGUUGGUUAAUUGUUUAGAUUCUCGGAAUUUGUUUUCCAUUAUUCAUCAGUUAUUGUAUGUUCAUUCAUGACUACAGUGUUGUUUCUUCUUCUGAAGAUUGCCUGUAGUAAAC